CCGCGCGUACGCUGGCCCCCUCUGCCACAAAUUAUGACGUAGGCUCUUCCACUUGGGAAGACCUUAGGCAAGUGCACCUCCGAAGUGCAAUGGAGGCCACUUCCCUAGGCCAUGAGUCUUAUUGAUCACCCAUUGACCCCGUCCAGGAAUCCGAAAAAUAUCUAAGUAUAACAUGCAGAGUAACCAGAAGGCGUUUCUUGAACUGAUGCGCCUAAUCUGCAGCAUACCUGGUCAGCUAUGUCUCCAGGCACAAAUAGCUUCAUUUCAAUUGGUAGGGGCCGCGCGAACGCAGGCCCCCUCUGCCACAAAUUAUGACGUAGGCUCUUCCGCUUGGGAAGACCUUAGGCAAGUGCACCUCCCAAGUGCAAUGAAGACCACUUCCCUAGGCCAUGGACCUUGUUGAUCACCCAUUGACCCCGUCCAGGUAAGUAUGUUUAAAUGUCGAGCUAGGCUUGUCCUUUAUCGUCCACAUUAGCUUUCCUCUUUUCUCAUUUGUCAGUGUGGGACGCAUCUAUCCAUUUUCAGAGUAGUACUAGUUCUCUAAAUCUCAUAGCACUCCCUUAUAAGGCGUCAAAACCACCUCUAAUCUCUCCACUUUGAACAUUAUACUGAGAUAAAUACAACAUAUCUAACUUU